CAAAAUUCAGGCACUCGUCACCAAAUAUUUGGGAUAAAAUCCGUAUAUGUUCUUAAAUGUACUACACGUGCAUUUAACGGUCAUACCUUUGAAAUGUGUAAAAGGAAUAAUAUGUUUGUCGAAAAUGUUUAAAGCAAUCCGGACGUUAACGCAAGUCGGUCUUUACUUUGAAAGGGUAAGCGGAAGUAGGAGUGUGCUGGCAGGCGCCAGUCGGCAAAACUGUCGCAAAAGUAGCUGUGCGAAUGCGCUGCUAACUGACUGACUGGCAACUAGUUGGAGGACUUGGACGCGGACGCCUCGCGAGCUUGUAAAGUAACCGGGGGCCGAACGCGAUGGAGGUGGACAAGAUGGACGAGAACGACUGGCGGUACCACGGCGAGGGCAACAAGAGCCUUGUGGUCUCCCACGUACAGACGGCCGAGCAGGCCUUCAGGCAGAUCCAGAACAUCGUGGACUUCAGCUCCAACGUGAUGAGCGGCCUGCUGGGCGACAAGUUCGUCCACAGCGGAGAAGUGGUCAAGCUGCCGAUGGAGUUCGUGCGUCAGCUGUCAAUCAAAGUUCAACACCAGCGGCCCGCGUGGCGGCGCGACAAAGUGAUGGACAUCUACAGCGGCUGCGCCCUCUGCCUGCCCAACCUGACCUCGCCCGCCCCCCCGCUGCGCUCGCACACGCCGCCGCUCUGCGUGGAAAUCAAGCCCAAGUGCGGCUUCCUGCCGUCCGCCGAGCACAUCGGCAGAGACGUCAAGAGCAAAGUGUGUCGCUUCUGCAUGCACCAACACUACAAGGUGGCCAACGGGCGCUGGAAGAGACGCAGCCUGUACUGCCCACUGGACUUGUUCUCGGGGAGCGGACAGAGGAUGCACUUUGCCGUCCGGCAGCUCAUAGAAGAACCGCAGAACAACUUCAAAAUCUUUAAGGGGGGUCAGUGUAUAUACAGCGGCCACGGCGGCUGCAGCGAGGACUCGUCGGACCUGAACUCACUGCUGUACCACCUCCAACCUUACUUCCUGUACAGCAACAACCGCAUCCACACUCACGUGAGCGGCAAAGCCGUCCUCGGCGACUUCAUCCAGGUGCUGGUGAACGCCCUGCUGAACGGCGGCGGCGGCGUAGGAGGCGGCGGGGUCGUGACGGACCGACGGGUAGAGGCUCGGAGUUUCUGCGAGGCCAGUCGCUUCAACAAGGAGAGAAGUCGACACGGCUCUCACGGUUUACCCGGCGACAGCGUUCUGUCCCGCAUCCUCCAGACGCAAAUGUUGGACAACUUGAACAUCGAAGGCCUUUAUCCCCUCUAUCGCCGAGUGGAGCAACACCUGCGCAAAUUCCCAAAAGAGAGAAGUCGUCUGCAGGCGGACGGUCCGUACAACGAGGCGUUUCUUGAGCGUCUGCGCAAAUGUCCCGCCGAGGACGACGGCUCGCUGGACUUUGCCGUGUCCAAGGUGCAUCAGUACCGCGUCGCCAUGACGGCCAAGGACUGCUCCAUCAUGGUCGCCCUCGUGCCCUGCGGCGACGACCUCCAAGACGACGACGAUGUUUUGUGCGGUCAGCGUCGCCUGCGGGACUUCCUGUCGUCGAGACCGCCCACCUUCUCCUACUCUGUGUCCAUCCUGGACCUGGACCCCAAGCCCUUGGACAGCAUCCCGCUGCAGCUGGGCCUGGACCACAAGAUCGUGUCGUGCUACACCAGGACGCUCUCGGCCGCUCAGGCCGACCGAGACGACUGCACCACGCUGCUCUUCAGGCCCGUCUGACGCCCGGGCGGGUGCCGUCGCCUUUGUUGCGCGUCGCGGAAGCCGCUUCCUGCUCUCUUCUGCCUUCACUUUCUGUUUGUUUUGACUUCGGAAGGUCGGGUGGCAAGUUUGUCUCCUUGAAUGGACGGCGCCCGGUUCCCUGGCAACCGUUUUGGCCGUCUCCGUGCCGACGCUGCUUACCUGGAUAGUGCCAAGAGAGGCGGGUAAUGAUGAUGUCAUUUCCUGAAUGUAUGCGGGACCUUUGCCAAUCUACUGAGGAACCGGAACUCCUUUUUAUUUGGACUAAUAUGAGCACGUGUGUGUGUAUACGUGCAUGUAUGUCUGCGUGUGAGCCCGUUUCACGUAGAGAUCCUACAUUGUGGUCCUGAGCCUGUUUCACACAGAUUUUGCAUUAGAGCCUUGGGGGGUGGGGGCGGAUUGUUGCAAUGAGGCAGUUUCACACACGAGGUGUGCAUCAGAGCUGGAACUUUGUCCUGUUUCACACAGAGAUUCUAUGUUAGGGCCUUAAACAAAUGAAUAACAUUGUCAUCAGUUUCACACAGAGGCGAAUAAUCGGAACCGAAACAUUGUUGUCACGAGCCUGUUUCAUAAAAAGAUUCCGUGUAAUGGCUCUUAAAAAAAAAAAAGACAAAACUUCUCGUCACACUUGCUUCACGCGGAGGUGCCGGAUUGGAACCAUAACCACAUCAGAGCCAGAAUCAAGCCAACAUUUAUCCGUAUUCCAAACAACUCAGCAAAGCCGGACAUUGUUACAACUGUGCGCACUUUCACACAGUAAUCAGAUCAUUAAAGGAUGACGGUGAUAAUGGCUUUCAAUCCAACAGGGCAGGAGCACCCGUCCCGGCGGUCCCUUUUGAACAGACUUGUUGAAACUACCAAUCUCGGUGGAAAAUUCUGUGCCGCUGCUGUUCACACAGAACCCAGCAAAGACUCGAUUAGGGAAGAUGUCGGACAGCGGCAAUUUGCUGGGAGAUGUGAGCGUCUGGUGUUACACUUCACACCUCGGACUUUGUUCCCCUUCACGCACGGUGCUCAUACCGCAUUUUUUUGCCUUCAAAUCUGCCGUUUACAUGAAGAAACGGCACCCCGGGGCGGUAAUAUUCCGACCUGGGCGAAAGGGGGUUACUGUGAUGGCAUUUCCUGGGAGUGUCCCAUCUGCUUAUUGGCUGGCGCGUGUGCGUGUGUGAAAUGGUUACAAUGUGAAAUCCUCAGCUCGGAGAUGCGUUCAGGGCCUCUCUGAAAAAGUUUGCCGGGAUGUUUUGUGUCAACUGACCAGGGGUGCGCCACCUACAGUAUGGAUGAAUGAUCACAGAAAAAUAAAAUAUAACAAUCAUUUUUUUCAGAGAAAAUAAUGAAUGGACCUCGGACACUCCUGGUUUAGCGUGGGCGCGUGUGUGUGUGUGUGUGUGUGUGGGUAAAAACGAUUUGCGAAUACAAAGGCUGCUUGUCUGCCAUUUUGUAUGUAAAUUAUUUAUUUUUGUAGAUUUUGAGCUCUCCUGUCACACAAUUUAUACUGAAGCAAAAUAAUAAUAAAACAAAACACUGAAACACACAA